UUUGGGUGGUUGGUAAAAAUCGUUGACAAUUCGAGUUUUUCUUGCAGUGAUCAUGCAAAGAGGAAGAGACACUUUGUCACUUGCUCGAGUGAUAGGAGAUGUUUUGGAUCCAUUCACUAAGUCUAUUAGCCCAAGAGUGUUUUACAACACUAGAGAGGUUAAAAAUGGUUGUGAUUUGAGGCCUUCUCAUGUUAACAAUCAACCUAGGGUUGAAGUUGGAGGGGAUGAUCUUCGCACUUUUUACACUCUGGUUAUGGUGGAUCCUGACGCUCCAACUCCAAGCAACCCACACCAGAAGGAGUAUCUGCACUGGUUGGUCACUGAUAUUCCAGCAACCACAGGAGUAAGCUUUGGCAAUGAAGUGGUAUCAUAUGAGUGUCCACGUCCAACAAUGGGAAUACAUCGGCUAGUUUUAGUGCUAUUUCGGCAAUCACGUAGAGAGAGUGUGUAUGCUCCAGAAAGUCGAGAGAAUUUCAACACAAGAGACUUUGCAAAGCACUACAAUCUUGGAUUACCUGUUGCUGCUCUUUAUUUCAAUUGCCAAAGGGAAAAUGGUACUGGUGGCCGUCGAUUAAUAUAAUAUUAUCAGUGGGAAAAUCAGAAAUUUUGGCGAAGGAUAUUAACUAUUAAAUAUACACAUAUAAAAAAAAUAAUUUUUGACCUACAUAUACAAUAUAAGUUUCUACAUAUAUAAUAUAACUUUUCGAUGAAGGCUGUUCAGUUGACCACCCUUCAGUAUAUGUGGUUUUGCUACUGAAUAUUGCUAGUUACCUAGCUCGUAUCCAUGCAUGUAUCAAGAAAUAAAAGCAUGCAUUAUAUAUCAAUAAUAGCAUGCUAGUAUUGAUAUAAUUAAGUGCAAGUGUUGGAGGUCAUCUCGUGUAAUUUCAAUUAUUCUAAAAAGAAUGGG